GGACGAUGGUGAAUUGGUAAGAUCAAUUUCACUUUGGACGUGUACUUUCGUAUUUUGUAAAGUUGAAAAAAACUAAUUCUGUUUACUUCUUCAAGCCUGAUUUGCCUACACUGCAUAUCCCGGAUGAGACACAAGAACCGAGAAGGAGACACAGAACAGAACCCAACUUGAACCAGGAAGAGGAAGAGCCGACCAGGUUAUGGGCUUCAAACCUCUGUAUACUUUCACCAUCGGCUAUACGGGGAUGUGGACUGUGAGUCUUAUUACUAACACCUUGAGACUUCAACAUGAACAGUUUUUGGGACGAAUUAUAACUGCCAUCAAUCAUAUCCGAGAAAACAACACCAAUGAUCCAACUGUUACCUUCAACUACUCUAUCCUAAUGGGCCUUCCGGCGAAGUCGCGUAGCCAGGUCAAACUUUUUGAAUCCAGUUUUGAUGCUCUAUCGGCCUCCUUGCAAGUUCAGAAUGCCAACUCAGAGGACAAGAUCUACUUCUUAGUUCGAGCAAUGAUGGGCAAGGCACCACCAAAGAGCACUGGAGCUAGAAUUAUUUAUGGACUAAAUUUGGACAGCAUUGGCAUUAUGGGCGUUCAGCUAGCCACGGAGUUUCACGCUAAUGACCCGAAUGUCAUCUUAGGCUUUCCUCGGGAUAUCAUCAACAGUUGGAAAACUCACGAUAUGGCAAAUGUUUAUACUGCUUUCGGCGUAAAGACACUCCAGACGUUCACGACCAAGAACAACGUACACAUAUUGGAAAUGCUGAACCUGGCGAGAGAAGAUCAACGACUCUGGGGAGAAAAGUUUUUACAUUGCCGCGGUUAUUACCCAGUCACUUGUCAGGGCCUCAACGCAGAGGACAGGAAGAUCCGCAACCUCAAUGUCCAAUUACCACCACCCGCAGUGUUAGAUGGUGCAACAGCCGGGGGGGAACCCACAGCAGUUAAAUCAGGGAGGGGGCAACCUGGCUCAAGCAGCCCAGCAAUUACCCCAACAGGGUCAAAUGGCGGGCCAACAAGCAGGGAUGCCAAAUCAGAAUGCAGCGAAUGGGGGACAAGCACAACCCCAGGUUCCUAUGGCAGGACAUCAGCAAAAUCCAAACAUGGGCCAACAAUUGGGCCCAGGCCAAGGUCCACCCCAGAAUCCAGCAGUAGGCCAAGGUCAGGACGGGAAUAUCCAAAUACCAAAUCCCGGUAUGAAUCAGGUUUUGAUGCCAAAUCCAGGCAUGAAUCAGGGUCAACCUGGAAAUGGAAUAGGCCAAGGAGUGAUGCCAAACAUGAAUCUGGGGCAACCAGGAAAUCAACAGUUUCAAAACCCCGGAAUGGGCCAGGGCUACAAUCAUUAACCCGCUAUGAAUCAGGGCUACAACCAGAAUCAAAUGUUAGGCCAAGGCUACAACCACAACCCCGGUAUGGUCCAGGGCAACAACCAAAACCCCGGUAUGGUCCAGGGCAACAACCAAAACCCCGGUAUGGUCCAGGGCCACAACCAAAACCCCGGAAUGGUCCAGGGUUACAACCAGAAUCCCAGUAUGGUCCAAGACCACAACCAAAACCCCGGUAUGGUCCAGGGUUACAACCAAAAUCCCGUAAUGGUCCAGGGCUUGAACCAAAACCCAGGUAUGAACCAGGGUUACAACCAGAAUCCAGGUGUGAGGUUGAAGUUAUUCUGAGCAGGGGGGGGAUUAAUGACCCAAAUGCAGUUCCCAGUGUAGACAAUGUACAGGCUUUGUUCGACUACUACUUUGAACAUCUUCCGUCUGCCUUUGAAGAUCUUAUGGUAGAAUUCCACGCUGCACCUCUGAGAAAGUUGGCCACUUCCAUCCUGAAGCCAGUAGUAUUCCUGGAGAAUUCCAUUGAUUUUGGUAUUGACUCAGUGAAGGACGCAAUUCUAACAUUGGCACUCGAAGCGUACAUCCAUAACUUUUUCAAUGGUACACCUAUACGCGUUCUAUAUCCAGCCCUCAAGCUAGUAACCAAGCCUGGCAGUAACAACCGUCUACUAAGAGCAGCUAACUUCAGUUUCCUUGAACCCUUGGACGCUUCCACCACACCAGUUCCAGAAGAUGAAGACACACUAAAGGAGUUACUAACAGCCUUGUCCACAGCUCGGUGGGGAGAGAUACUACAUCCACUCUUUCCUUGGUAUAAGUUAUUGCACCUGGACGGGGCUUCUACAGAGAGACAACGGGAAUUAGCUAAACUCAUUAUGCUUGGGGCUAUCAGUGCAGUGUGCGACACGACCAUCCAGUUUCACCUACAACAAGCACAGAUAGAGAGGUACGGGGAGUUGAGCCGCAGAGAGGUGUACGACCUACUAGUGACCAAGCCAAAACCACUCUGUCAGGCUAAGCGGCACACUCUACAUGCUUUUGCUAAGAAGUUGGACUCAAUUCACAUCAAGGUAGAGGAGGGCAGAGAUGUUACCCUAUAA